AUGACAUAUGUUGGAAAUUUAGAUCCUUUCACAAUUGAAAUUCAUGGUGAUUGGACACCAAAACAAAAACGAAAAUCCCAUAAUCAAAUAAGACAUGUUAGCAUAAAUAGAGUUCAAUACUUUGAAAUGAAAACCCAAUUAGAUGAUAUAAAUUUUAUAUUUGAUAUCGAACUUUAUAAUAAAUAUUCUGACCAUACUUGGACAUCUAUAAAACGUGAUAAAAACUAUUAUUUACAAAUCUCUAUCAAAGAAAAUUCUAAAUUAAGACAAAUAUCAUACACAACAUUAUUAAAGGAAAACGGAUUUAGUAAUAAAUUUGGUAGUCAAUCGUUAAAAAAAAAAUCUUGA